AUGGUGGCACCCAAACGACAGUUCCUCCCAUUACUCCUCCUCAUCACCCUCGCCGCAUUCAUCAUCUUCUACACUUCCAUCCCAUCUUCUCUCUCCGAUCCAAACCCUAAUUUCACCCUCCGAACCCCACUUCACAAAAACCCUAACCCCAAUUCCCCCAAUUUCACUUUCCUAAUCAAACUCCUCGCCUUCAACCGCCUUGAAUCCGUCUCCCGCUGCCUCCGCUCCCUCGCUGAUGCCAAUUACCUCGGCGAUCGCGUGCACCUCCACGUCUACAUUGAUCAUUUCGCUGUUUCAGAUAAUACUUCUUCUGUUGAUUUGAAACUGAGUGAAUCGCGUAGGAUUUUGGAGUUUGUGGAUGGGUUUGAGUGGAGAUUUGGAGAAAAGGUUGUGCAUUAUAGAACUGGGAAUGUGGGGUUGCAGGCACAGUGGUUGGAGGCGUGGUGGCCGGGUUCGGAUGAUGAGUUUGCUUUUGUUGUGGAGGAUGAUUUGGAGGUUUCGCCGCUUUACUAUGAGUUUGUUAAGAUGGUGAUUGUGAAUUUCUAUUAUAAUGCUUCCAAUUAUAGUCCUUCCGUUUUUGGUGUUACGUUGCAACGUGCAAGGUUUGUUCCAGGUAAACACGGCAACAAGUUGCAGUUGGAUGACAAGACACGACUUUUCUUAUACCAGUUGGUUGGUACAUGGGGACAAAUUCUCUUUCCAAAGCCAUGGAAAGAGUUCAGGUUGUGGUAUGACAAAAACAAGGCAAAGGGCAAUAAACCAUUUCUUGAGGGGAUGGUGACUACAGGUUGGUAUAAGAAAAUGGGGGAGAGAAUAUGGACACCUUGGUUCAUCAAGUUUAUUCAAUCCCGCAGUUACUUUAACAUCUAUGCAAAUUUUUUGCAUGAAAGAGCAUUGAGUGUCUCUCACAGAGAUGCUGGAGUUAACUACGGGAAAACUGCUGGACCUGAUUCUCAGUUACUGAAGGAAAGAUCACUAGACUUCAAUAUUUUGGAAAUGCAGCCUUUGAGCAGCUUGAAAUGGUUUGACUUUUGUUUCAGAGAAGUACGUCCAGGAAGGUUUAUGAGGAACUUCGAAGAACUUGGAGCUUUGCUUCACUCUCUGCCGAAACAGGAUAGUAUAUUCUUAGUAAAUAUUUUAGGGAUAUCUGAUGCUGUAGUAAGAAACCUACUAUGCCACUUUGAGAGGUUAAAUAUAAGAAAUUAUAUACUUAUGGGCCAUCCGUCUGAUUCCUUAUUUGAUCUGUCAAGAAGGGGACAUCCUGUAAUCGAUGUAGACCAAUUUGUAAGUAGUAUUGGAACAAAUAAAUUGACUUCCCAAGGUUCGAGUUUUGAGACUAUCAAGGGUAUUGUUGCAAAGGCUUAUGUAAUUAAAAAGUUGAUUGAAAAUAAGUAUAACACAUGGGUUUUGGAUGGGAGCAUGCUUCUCACUUCUGACAUAUUGCUCGAAACUAGAGAUCUCAAAGAUGACUUCUGUGUUGCAAACAACUUGGAACUCUUCUAUGCUAAAAGCUCAUCGUCUAGUGAAAAAACCUGGACUAAUGGCUUUGUGUCAAAAGUUGUAGCCAUGACAGACUCUUUGGGGAGAAAAGACUCAUCAACCCAAGGCAGCAUUGAGUCAGGUAGCGUAAGUAAAUCUUCUCUAGUGGAUAAAAAGUUGGUGUUUUGGUCGACUGAGAUGGAGCCAGAUUCGAUUCAGAAGCGGCUUGAGGAGUUGAAUUUGUGGAGUAUAGACAGUGAUUUAUCCUGCACUGCUGUAGUUUGUCACAAGUCAUAG